UCAUACCUCUUCCGCCAUUGGAGCACCUCUUCAAGCUUCUUCUUCUUCUUCUUCUUCUUCUCCGACGACCGAUCCAUGGCCCGACCUCAACAGCGCUAUCGUGGUGUCCGACAACGACAUUGGGGCUCUUGGGUCUCCGAAAUUCGCCACCCUCUAUUGAAGACAAGAAUAUGGUUGGGGACGUUCGAGACAGCCGAGGACGCAGCCCGAGCUUACGACGAGGCAGCACGGCUGAUGUGCGGUCCAAAGGCACGAACCAACUUCCAAUUCAAUCCAAACGAUCAACAAUCGUCAUCGUCAUCGUCGUCUUCCUCCAAGCUUCUCUCCGCCGCGCUAAUGGCGAAAUUACACAAAUGUCAUUUAGCCUCACUACAAAUCGCCAAAAAACACGCCGCCCAUAAACAACACCCCGGAUUCGAGCCCAACUACACCGUAUACGGUGUCCCUCCCCCGAGCAUUUCCCAAACCACCACCGACCGGUGGCGACAGGAAGAAACCCAAAUAGAGACCAACAACGACAACAACAACAUUCAUCAUCAACAAUGCCUUCAACCACUUGAGGAUGAUGACAUUGAACAAAUGAUACAAGAGCUAUUAGACCUCGGAUCAUUCGAAAUUAUUACAUGAUUUUUACAUUAAUUUUCUCUAGAUUUUAUUAAUAUAUUAAUGUAUAUGAUUAGAUAUAUUAUAGAUUAUAUU